CUUUGAAUAAAUAUCCACACCGUAGGAUAUAUCUUAACAAAUUGCUUGUGUACAGUGUUUUAAAUAAAUUUAAAAUAUGUUCAAGUGUACAUAAAUACACAAAAUGAAGUGUGACAAGAUAUUAUUAACAUUUUUAUUAAUAACGCUGAUAGUUAUAACUGUGAAGGGAAUUUCACCAGAUAAUUUGAAUGAAUCAAAACCGUUAUCAAGAUCAAUACGGCAAUAUAAACAAACGGCAUCAGGCAAUAAUAAAUUUCAUUCCAUAUCAACAUUCGGUACUGGAGUGACAGCAGAAAAUAAUACAAAUGAUGAGAACAAUCCUUGCAUAUAUAAAGAACUUGAAAAACCUGUUUUUAAAAUGCCCGGACCGAGAAUUAGUGGAGCUAAAUGCUAUGAAUAUAUUUGGGAGUUAGAAAAUAGGAGACUCCGCAACAAGCAGGAACGUGACUGUUUCACAUACAUAUACGAACGUCUUCCUAAUAAACCACAUUUCGCGAUUGGCGGAAGAAUAACUGAGCCAGGGGAAUUCCCGCACAUGGGUGCAGUAGGUUGGAGAUCCUCUACUGGUACAUGGAUAUUCAAAUGCGGCAGCUCCUUGAUAAGUUCCAAGUUCAUGCUCACAGCGGCGCAUUGCUCGAAAGUAUCACCAAGAGACACUUCCGUAGCAAACCAGGUGCCGGAGAUAGUACGAUUGGGUGAUAAAAAUAUUAUUGAUACGUUUUCAAAUGGAUUGGAUCCAGUUGAUGUAAAAAUUAAAAGAAUCAUAAAUCAUCCCUUAUACAAGCCACCGAAGAAAUAUAACGACAUCGCAAUUAUAGAAUUGGAAAAAGAUGUGGAUUUUACUAAAUACGUUCAGCCGGCCUGUCUAUGGCCGAGACAUGACACCAGCCCAUUGGGGUCAAAGGCUACCUUAACUGGAUGGGGUGUUAUAGAAACAGCAAGACUGAUAACAUCCCCUGAACUACAAGCUGCAGAAGUAGACAUAUUAAGCUCGGAUAUCUGUGACAAAUUCUUGGAGCCCUCUUGUACUAGGCUUUGGUGCAGGAUGAAUGAAACUCAACUUUGCGCCGGAAAAUUAACCGGUGGCGUUGACGCUUGUCAGGGCGAUUCCGGAGGUCCGUUGCAAGUGAAAAUAGAUUUGCCAUCGAACAGUGAAGGAGCCAUGCACUACGUCAUAGGUGUGACGUCAUUCGGGAUCGGCUGCGCGCGCGCAAACACUCCUGGCGUCUAUACAAGGGUCAGUAGUUUUAUAGACUGGAUCGAAAACGUCGUGUGGGGAGCUAAAAACUAAUUUAAAUAUAGAUUUUUUUUACUUCAAUAAACUAAAUGUACUUAAAUAAUACAAGC